ACACGUAAACCAGAGACCAUCGAAAGAUUGCUAAAGCCAGAUUGCUUAAACAUUCCCUUUGAAGAUAGAUAAGCUCCAAGUCUUUCUCUCUCUCUCUCUCUCUCGCUCUCUCUGCUCUGGCGCAUUUUUGCAGGCAUGCUUCAGAUGCCUCAGCUCAGAAAGAUUAGAUCUUCCCUUUCGAGUGCAGGAAGAUACGCAAAGGAACGCGCGAAUAGCCUGUGCAGCGAUUCAAGCAUCAAUGAGCAAUACAUUAGAGCACUCAGGACAGAUUCUUAUGUGAGAAUCUGCAAAAUAGUGCAGGACCAGCUCGGAAAACAGAGUACCUUAAAGCUGCCCUCUGCCCCAUCUAAGAGCCGGAGCUCCCACUUGCAUCUAUCCCAGAAUCUACUCUCGCCUAGGCAAGAGACACUGACAGAUUGGAUCAAGACGUUAGAUUUGCAUCCUCUCAUCGUUGACUACUUCGAAGACAGCCUAGAGACGUGCCGAGUGUGCGAACUACUCAUCCUAAGUGUCCAUCAGACCCGUGCUAAUAACCGACGGAUCAAAAGGGCGAUCAAGCUAACCAAAAAGGUAAAUGAUGCAACAAGCAAUACUGAUCAUCAAUGCCGAAUGAUAUGUGAAGAGCUAUCUGCAUUUUCGCAACACACGAAUCCAUUUUACCUAGUCAGCAAGGAAAAAAUCCACAUCAUCUGUCAAGCAUUUGCCAUGCUGCGUCAGAAAUUAAAAGCCAAGCACAAGAAGACGAUGAGGAGGGCGAAACUGAAACGAAUCGCAAUUUCGAUUGCAACCAGGCUGAUGGGUUGCACACUGGGACUACAUAAGAAGAGGACCAAGUCGGUCCAAGGAUAUCCUAAGAUGACCAGGCAAGAGGUACUCGGUGCGCAGCUUGAUGAGGCUGGGAGGAGCCUCUUUAUUCUGAUCAAGCACAUAGAUACUAUGAGCGUAGCGGCAGGAAGCUUAUACGACAAGGUCGAGAACAUGAAAGAACUUGCCAACAUGUGUGUGCAGAGUGGGAAGAGCGAGAUGUUAAAGGAGGUGGUGAAGGAAUUCAAUGAUCGCAAUACCUGCUUCCUAGAGCAGUUGGAGGAACUGGAAAACCUAGCCUGCCUUUGCCUACAUGACAUUAAUGCAUCCAGGAGGUCCAUCAUGCAAAAAAUAAUGGCUCCUCAACAAGGUAGAUGAUAGUGAAAUGGCAUAAGAAAUGACAUUGAUAUUUUUGGCGCAAUAAGCUUUUGCGCAAAAUGCAUCUUCCCUGAAUCAGGCAAAAUAGCUGCUAUCAAGGCUUUGGCAAGGUGCCUGGCUCUGCUUCUUCUUUGAAUAAACAAGCAUCAUUCACUCACAGGAAGUACAGCAGACGUGUAUCAUAAACAUCGAAAUACUGUAAAUGUAGUAGCUGUUUUAGUUGAUAUUGUUUAUUGUAAAUUCCUCAUGAUUGAUCACUAAUACAAGCAAAUACAUCUUCCAUAUACUAUUAAGCCA